CUGCCGCCGGGAAACACACGCCUUCGUACCGCGGACGGCGGGCAUUCCUGGCCAGGGGUGGCGCUCCGACCGCCGAGAGGCAGCGGAUGCUUAACGGCCACUACGUCGCCGUUGGUGAUGCACGCAUCGAUGGUGACGAGGACGUCGAGGCAUCGAGGCGCCGCGCCGAACGCGUUGCGCGUGCCAAGUGUGCCGACAGCCGCGUUGCGCCUGCAGAGAUCAUGCAGUACCAUGGAGUUGGAGACGCCCGGAUAGAUGGCGAGGAGGACGAGGAGAUUGCUACCUACCGCGCGGCGCGGGUCGCGCGCGCCAAGGCUAAGGCUGUGAGGUUAAAGACAGACCCUCCAGUGGCCAGCACCGAUGGCGAUGCCGGUGAGGCCAACACCACCCUGGCCCGUUCCGGCAGUGCUGGCGGCGACGACUAUGCCCUAGCACGUGCAAAGGCGUAUGCGCGGCUUGUGCGUGAAGCCGAAGGCAUAGUAAUCCCGCCGCCGGUGGACUCUUCCGGCGGCAAGGCGCGCGCCCGGAGCGGGAACCACAUUGGCGGCGCCACUGUGAGCACCCGCGCUGCCGGGCUGAGCACGACUCCGCGCAGCGGGUCGGCCCCGCUGCGCUCCAUCGCCGUCGUGGUGGCGGCGGUGUGCGGCCUCGCCGCCCUAUCGUAUCGUGCUCUUCCAGAGAGUGCGCCGAGCCCGCCGCCACCGCCGGCGGCGGCUGCGUUGAGCGACGGCGCGGAUGCCUCCUACUAUUAUGCGGCCGAUCGGCCGCCCCCAACCGCGCAGUCCGCGCUGAAGCAGGUUGACCUUGUCUGGCGCUGGCUGGGCUGGACGGCCUCUGGCGCUUGGCUCGGGAGUGGGCCCCGGCCAGAUCGGGAGAGGGGCGCCGGCAGGCGACCGGGGGAGGACGACGGUGACCUGUGGGCGUGGGCAAGCCACAACAUUGGGUGGCUAGCAGGACAGCUGCUGCACGAUGCGCUGCCACCGGCCGACACCGGGCACAUGGCGACAUCUAGGGCGAGAUCACCGCGUCGGUGAAGUUCGUGUUGCCUCCUAGCGCGCUCCCCUUUUGGUUUUCCGUAAGCGUAUGUAUGUA